GCUCGAGGCUCGCGGAUCAUGGCUCGGUUCGGUGUGGUGCUGCUGUUUCUGUCGGUGUUCUCUCAGCUUCACCGUGGAUCGCAGCACGAAGCAGGUGCGCAGCGCGCGCGGACGCGAUGGACGAACAACGGGCGCGCGUACCAGCUGGUGAGCCCGGGGUCCCGGUACGUGCCUCCGGGACGAAGAGAGGCGAGCCGAGCAGAAUCCGCGCCGGUGACCGUGAUCACAGACCGACAGAACACCAGCGCGGACUCUACUGACCGGAUGGUGUCCGAUGACUCCUACGAUCCCUACAAAUCCGUCAGGAACGCUCCCUAUAGUCCACACUACAACUACUACGACUCGUACUACAGACCCAGACCGAGAAGCGCGCUGAGGCACCACGGAUACGGAACCAGAUACUUCCAGAACGGUCUCCCGGAUCUGGUGGUUGACCCCUACAUGAUCCAGGUGUCCACGUAUGUCCAGAGAGCGCCCGUGUACAGCCUCCGGUGCGCGGCCGAGGAGAACUGUCUGGCCAGUUCUGCUGCAAACGCUCGAGAUUAUGACACCAGGGUUCUGCUGAGGUUCCCCCAGCGCGUGAAGAACCAGGGAACCGCAGACUUUCUUCCCAGCAGACCCAGAUACACCUGGGAAUGGCACAGCUGUCACAAUCACUAUCACAGCAUGAAUGAGUUCUGUCAUUACGACCUGCUGGACUCCAGCACACAGCAGCGCGUCGCCGAGGGUCAUAAAGCCAGCUUCUGUCUGGAGGACACGUCCUGUGACCCUGGACACUACCGCCGCUACGCAUGCACGUCUCACACACAGGGUUUGAGUCCCGGAUGUUACGACACCUACAGCGCAGACAUCGACUGUCAGUGGAUCGAUAUCACAGACGUCCAGCCGGGACGCUACACGCUGAAGAUUACAGUCAACCCAGGCUUCCAGGUGUCAGAGUCAGACUUCAGUAAUAAUGUAGUUCGCUGUGACAUUCACUACACCGGAAACUACGCGCACGUAUCCGGCUGCAGCGUGACGUCACACUAGGACUCGAGAGAACCCAGGAGCAGUGAACAUCACCACGACCUGCUGAGGAUCACAGAAAUAAAACCAAUAUCUGUGAAAAUAAUGAUGACAGACACGGAUCAAAACAUGCUCGGAGAAUGUCUCCUAACGUUAUGAAAGCAUCACUUCAAAGGGUUUUUAAACGCUCAAAGUAAAAUCGUUACUGAAACAUUCCAUCAUGAGAACGUUACAUCUGAACGUUCUCUCAAUGUUCAAAACAUCAGUGUUUAUGUUAAAAACAUCUCGCUGUUCAAACCUGCUGUGCUAUCAUUUUGAAAGUGAAGGAUUUCUGAACACAGGUCUAAGAACACGCAAAUAACAUCAGAGGAACGUUGUGAGAACAUUGUUCUAAGAACAUUCCAUUAACAUUAUUUUAAGAAGGAGUUCUGGAACCUUUAUAAAACAUUCUCUGUGAGCUGGGUAAUAAUUUCACAGUAAAGCCUUACAAUAUUCCAGUCUGUACGGUUAUUCUGUCUUUUUGAGUGUAAAAUAAUGAUAAAACUCCAUCCAGUCGUAGUUGUAGUGUUUUUUUCUUUCAAUGCAUUAUCUAUGUUAAUUGUAAUGUUUCUACAAAUAGUUUGGUUUAGUUUUAGGGAUGUGUGCAAAAAAAAAAAAAAAAAAAAAAAAAAAAACAGGAACGUUUAAUAAGAGGCUGAAAAUAUGAACAUCAUUUUCAGAUUAAUGUUUGAUAUUAUCUGUCUACUUUUUUCAGCCUCUUUUCAGAGGUGUUGCUGAUAUUAUAAAUCCCUUUAGUCUAGGAGGCACAAACUUGAAUAAACGCAGAUGAGAAUAUGUUUUCUUAACUUUCAUGUGUUUCAUGUGUAUUUGGUUUAAUGCUUUGCUUUAUUAACCAUAUUCUGUGGACAAAGUUGUAGCCAGAAGUGAAUUAAUCUGAGAAAACAUCCCAAACUGUCCUCAUUUGUAAAUAAAAUGAAUACAAUACAUUUUUAUUAAUUAUUAAUUAAAAUGAAUCUAUCAUUUUUUGUUAUUAAUAUUAUUUGAUUGAAAUAACCUUAUUGUUUCUUUAACGAAUCCAAAAUUAUCUUAAUUUAAUUUAAUUUGAAUUCAUUCCUCCAGUCUUCAGUGUCACAUGAU